GCUCAACCUUUGCAGCUCAAGCCGCGGCACCCUCGCGGCAGAGGUCACCCUGCGUGUUUUUUUUCGCGUGCCUCCUCUCGCCGCCAUUGUUUUGAGAGACAUGGGCUGCAGCUCCAGCUCGGCGGUCCUCACGAUCGAUCGAGACACCGCGGAGGUGCCCUGCAACGAUGGGCAGCGCGGCGGCAGGACAACGGGCGCGCCUGCGACGAAGGUGGUGCCGCUGCAGUGGCACGCGCAGCUCAUGAAGCGCCAGGGCGAUGUUCUGGGCGCGGGCCUGGGGAACACGGACAAGGGCGCGGUCAUCUUCAAUAUCCAGAAGAAUGGGCUGCUCGACGUGUGGAACAGGUCCCAGGAGACCCAGCCUUUGCGCCCGGGGUGCAUCAUCACGGAGGUGAACGGCAUCACGGGCUACUGGGACAUCAUCGAGGAGUUGCGCAGGCCCGGCGUCCUCGACAUGAAGAUCACCGCCGAGCCGCCGGCUUUCGCUGGGCCCAACUGGUUCCAGGAGAUCACCGACAUGGGGAAGAACCUCGAGGCCAAGGGGGCCAGGAGCUCCUUCAUGCUCAGGCUCCAGCCGCAGGAGCCGGGCGCGGAGAAUGGCUUCUCGAGCCUCCCGACUGUCAGGGCCGACGAUUGCGGCGUCGACCAGUGCGCGAUCUGCAUGGACGACGUCCCCCCCGAGGAGUCCCUGGUGCAACUGCCCUGCAAGCACGCCU